AUGACGAAGAAUCGUGUUACCAACCUUGUGUCCCUGUGCCCGGAGCCUACGCCCCAGGAGCAAAUGAGAGUCGAACGUUCCCACACCGACUUCGACCCGCUUGCCAUGAAUGAGUGGCUCGAGGGGCUGGAAGAGAAGUCUCAAGAAAUCCUCACCAUGUACCAACAGUUAGACCGUGACCCGAUUUUGCAAGGAAAUCCUGCUCACUACGAUAACGGCACUCAUCAAGACCGUGAAUUGGUGGCGGCCCGGAUCCAUCAAAUGGCCAAAUAUCUCGAAACUGACGGGCUCGUCAAGUUCUGGAGACGUCUUAACCUUGUGACAAUCUGGGAUCCGUCUUUGGGGAUCAGAAUCUCGGUGAACCUUGCACUUUUUGGGAACUGUGUCAAGGGUAAUGGUACCCCGCUGCAAGUUAACUACUGGAUGAAUUACAAGGAAGCUGGUACUCUCAAGCAAUUAUAUGGCUGUUUCGGUAUGACUGAAUUGGGACACGGCUCCAACGUCGCUGGUUGUGAAACUACUGCCACUUUCGACGAAGCCACCGAUGAAUUUAUCAUCAACACCCCCAACAUCUCAGCCACCAAAUGGUGGAUUGGUGGUGCAGCUCAUUCGGCUACCCACACCGUGUGCUACGCCAGACUCAUUGUCAAGGGGAAGGAUUACGGUGUCAAGACGUUUGUGGUGCCCUUGAGAGACUCCAACCACGAGCUCUUGCCCGGUAUUGCUAUCGGCGAUAUUGGGGCCAAGAUGGGGAGACUGGGGGUCGACAACGGUUGGAUUCAAUUCUCUGAUUUCAGAAUUCCUCGUUUCAACAUGUUGCAAAAGUGGUGCAGAGUCGACCGCGACGGUACCGUGACUUUGCCUCCUUUGGAACAAUUGUCGUACAUCUCCCUUUUGGGUGGUCGUGUGGGUAUGGCUACUGAUUCUUACCGUAUCUUGGCUCGUUUCACCACCGUGGCUUUAAGAUAUGCCAUUGGAAGACGCCAGUUCAAGAAGAAUCCCAAGGACUCGCAAGAGACUGCACUUAUCGACUACCCCUUGCACCAGCGCCGUACCAUCCCUUGGUUGGCUCUCACCUAUGCGUCCGCUGUGGGCACGAACCGUUUGGAACAAACCCACGCGCGCAUUCUUAAAGAAUUGGACGUGGCUGUCGCCAAGGAUGAUAAGAAGCUCAUCCAUCAACUGAUUUUGGACACCAAGUCGCUCUUCGUUGACUCUGGCUCGCUUAAGCUGACUUUGACCUGGUUAGCUGCCGAAGGGAUCGACCAAUUGAGACAAACUUGUGGUGGUCAAGGUUACUCACUGUACUCUGGGUUCGGUAAGGCCUACAACGACUGGGUCGUCCAAUGUACCUGGGAAGGUGACAACAAUGUUCUUGCGAUGUCUGCUGGUAAGACCAUUGUCAACAACGUCAAGCAAGUUUUGAAGGGUAAGCUCCUUGAUGAACGCAUGCUGUUGGCUUGGUUGAAUGAUGCGAAGGCCCUCAUCGAUGCGAAACCGGUACUUGCCACUAAAGCUGAUGCCUUGGACCCGGCGAAGGUUUUGAAGGCUUUGCAAACUUUGAUUGUCAAGAUCGCCUACACCACCGGGCUCAGAGUUGAGGCCAACGGCGGCGAUUGGGAUAAGCUCUCAUUCCCCAGAGUGAAGCUUUCUAAGCUUAGAUGCCACCAAUAUUGUCUCGAAACCUUCGUGACCGAUUUGCCUAAGGCUCAAGGUGCCAUGAAGCAACACUUGUUGCGUCUUGCUCAACAAUAUUGUGCUUCGCUGAUCUUGUUACCUUUCGCUACGGAUUUUGUCAUUAACAAGGUUACUGUGGAUGAGGUUAUUGGUGCCAUUGAUGGCGAAAUUAUCGAAGAUUUGGACGCUCUCAUUCGUCCUUACGUUAUUGGCUUGACCGACUCUUUCCAGAUGCCCGACAACUUGAUCAACUCAUUCAUUGGUAAGUAUGAUGGCAACAUCUACGAAAACAUUCACAAUGGUACCAAGGCCUUGUACUCUCCCUUCAACUCACAAGCGCCUUACAAUGCGGCCUUGACGGCGUUCUUGAACCGUGCACCUCGCGACGAGCGUUUAAGAUUCGAGCGCGGUGACUACGCCAAAGAGCAAUUAUCUAAGUAA